GAACAGCACAAACUACAAAAUAUGAUAGCGUAUAGAUUUACGAAGGAAUCCGAUCGACCAUCGACGCGAAAACGGUUCAGCAACUGACCGGUGAAGACCACCACCUCUUUUAUAAUAUCGUAUAAUAAAUAAUAACGGUGUACAACACGUGUGACGAAAUAUUGAUAAAAAAUAUUCUGGCAAUAAUACAAUACUACGAUACAACGCUGUAAUAAAAAAUCCGGAACGAGGUAUGUGAACGAAUUCGUAAACACAAAAUACCGGUCCGUGUGAAGAACCGAACAAACUAUGUGCUUGACGGGCGGCACAUGGCUGGUCGGUCCGAUCGGUGCGCACGCACGCGACCGCGACCACGUCAAUCUGUAGGAAUAUUAAAUCACCAUUAUUCGUGUGUUUUUAUUAUACUUUUGUUCUAUGUCAACGACGACGACGAUUCAGAACGAUAAUCGCCGAAUAUCAGACGCUCGGUCACCGGGCAAGACGUGUUGGUACCCCUCGGUAUACCUGCUUUCUGUGUCGUAGGUGGUUUAAUAUUAUAUCAUACUGCGGCUACAACACUGACAAAUACCUACCUCGUCUAUAAUAGCAGUGACGACGUACCUGCUACACGACUGCAGCUGCUGAAGUCUCGACCGAAUACCUUUAACCACCAGUUGCGUACUUGCGUCCUGCAUCGACGGUCAUCGUCAAGUCGUGCGCACACACAUACGCAACACACACACACAGCAUUAUCAUAAUUAUUAGGUAAACCGCGAAGUUGAAAUAAUGUUCAGCAAUAAGUGCACGAGUAAGGCCAGGCUGGAUGGAAAAACUGCCAUCGUCACCGGUUCGAACACGGGCAUUGGCAAAGUCACUGCAAAAGAAUUCUACAGACUAGGCGCAAGGGUCAUAUUGGCGUGCAGGGACGUUAAAAAAGCAGAACAAGCCGUGGAGGAAAUCGUGGCUGAAGUACAGGGCGACGGUGUCGGGCAACUGGUCAUAGAGGCAUUAGAUUUGGCAUCUUUUGCUUCUAUUAAACUCUGUGCGAAAAGUAUUUUGCAAAAAGAAAAACAUAUUCACCUGUUAGUGAACAAUGCCGGUGUUAUGACGUGUCCUAAGGGUAAGACACAAGACGGUUUUGAAACCCAGUUCGGCAUCAAUCACUUGGGACACUUUCUGUUCACAAUGCUUCUGUUGCCAAGAAUCCGAAGUUCAACUCCAGCUCGCAUUGUAAACGUGGCAUCUCUGGCACAUGUAUUCGGGUCAAUCAAUUUCAAAGACAUCAAUCACGACGCAAGUUAUUCACCCGCCAUGGCUUACAGUCAAAGUAAGCUGGCCAACGUGUUGUUUUCAAAAGAACUGUCGAGAAAACUCGAAGGGACCGGAGUUCACGUGUACAGCUUACAUCCCGGCAUCGUACGUACCGAAUUGACCAGAACACUUGACAAAGUAUACUUUCCGGGUAUGUGGUUCUUGGGUCGUAUCUUCCUCUAUCCGUGGGUCAAGAAUCCAAAGCAAGGAGCUCAAACAACUUUAUACUGUUCGAUAGACGAGAAAUCCGGAAUGGAAACUGGACUUUAUUAUAGCGAUUGUAAGGUGAAAGAACCGUCCGCGGCAGCCAGAGACCCAGAAUUGGCGAAAAAACUUUGGGAAACGAGCAUAGAAAUGGUCGGCUUAAAGGAUUACGACAUGUUCAACUGCAGCGGAGACGCGCUUCCUGAACCUUUAAAAGACGUCUGAACGAAAAUUUCUUGUCGUUUUUAGCAAUAAUAAUAUAAAUAGUUUCGUUUUAUUUUUUUUUUAUUGAUUUUAUAAACAAUAUAAAUUUAAUUU